AUGGGUGGGCUAAUGCGAACAACCUUACGAUCCGAGGCAGAGAACAGUGUAUUUGGGGCAUGUAUCAAUGAGCACGGAACACUGCUAGAGUUUUUCACACAAUUUGAAAGUGCGAUUAAAUUGCAACGUCACAAGCAAGAAAGAUUAGAUGCAGAGUGUGAAGCAUCACUCCCACCUACAAAGACACCAUUAAUGAUUGAGAAGCAGUCAACCUCUGUAUACACAAUUACCAUGUUUUAUGAUGUGCAGUCGGAGAUAUUCGAAGGGUGCUUUUCAUGCAAAAUCACAAGCAAGGAACAAACAGAUGAGAAGUAUGUGUAUAAAGUCAAGGAAGGGCACACAAAGAUUUUCAAUGUGAAAUACGUAAGAGAACAUAUGGAAGUAGAGUGUUCAUGUGGCAAGUUCAACAGGGAAACAAGCAGUACAAGCAAAGGAGUAAGUGCCAGAUGCAGUACAGAAGAAGAAAAUAGCAAACUAGCAUCAAAACUGUGUAAAGAGUUCUACAACUACUUGGCACUAUCGAAGGAAAACACAAUAGAGAUGCAAGAAAUGCUGACCUUUAUGCUGGAACACAAAGAAAAAAUGGUGAAGAGCAAAGGAAAGGCACAGGACAAAAGCAAGAAUAGUGCGUUACUGGAAACAUUUUAUGGGGCACAAACAAGCAGUAUCAUAACAGUCAAGCCACCACAAAUGUCAAAAAACAAAGGAAGCGGAAAGCGAUUGAAGAGUGCUCGUGAAAAAGCGGUAGAAAAAAAAAACAAGACGGGCGACAAUGCCGUUAUUGUGAUCAACAACCAGCACACCACGACUUUCGUAACUACCUGCUGA